AAUAAUUAACAAUGUGUUAAUGUGUUAAUGUGUUUUAUUUCAUGUAUACACAAAUAAUAUAUAGCAAAAGUCUAUAACAACACAUGCGAUGCAUUUGCUCAAAAUGCUACAUCACGCUUGAUUAUCUGGAUAAUUUUAUAUUUUUAAAAUCUAGAAUAUAUAUGUAGUAUCUUAUAUGCACGGACGUGCAUGUUUCUUAUUUUGCAAAAUAGGUAUAUCGCUUAUAAUUCAUUUCGUGAUCCAUAUCAUCGUUCUGACAUCGUUGGCCAUUGUGGGUAUACGUUCCCACGCGCGAGCAAGCGAUUUUCAGUUCCCACGCGCGCUGCUGACGGUAAGGUAAAUCUACUAAGCUGAUGGCCUCGACGCGACGGCCAUCGGGCCAGGUGUCAGUCAAGCGAUUCUAAUGUCAUCGUCACGCGAGAAAGCCGACACAUAGCGAAGACUCAGGAAUGGGGAAGACCACGAGAGUAGUCGUCUGCGGGAUGAAAGGCGUCGGCAAGACCGUCCUGCUGGAGCAGCUCGUAUAUGGAAACGUCAACAUGAGGACGGAAAUUCAUCCCACAAUCGAGGACAUUUACGUCGCUAACAUUGAGACUGAUCGGGGCACAAAGGAGAAGAUCAGGUUCUACGACACGGCCGGGCUCGAAUCCCUGCAGAGCAAUGUAAACAAUCAGCAGCUUCCGCGGCAUUACCUCGGCUUCGCCGACGGCUACGUCCUGGUGUACGACACCGGUAAGCCCGAGUCCCUCGACGUUCUCUUCCCAUUGAAGAAGGACAUCGACAAGAACAAGGAUAAGAAGGAGAUAACUGUGAUCGUGAUCGGUAAUCGAGCAACGAGAACCGACGCCGUGCUGAGUAGCCUAGAGAACACUGUAAGCAAAGCGGCCAACUGGUGCACCAGGGAGAAGGUCAAGCAUUACGAGGUGGACAUCAUGGACAGGUCUACCCUGUUCGACGCGUUUGUGCAUUUGUCGUCUAAGCUGAAUCCGCCCGCUAACAAAAGUACAUUUUCACAAUUAAGUAUGGGUAGGAAGAAUGUCAAGGCCGAGGCACAGUGACGAUGACUCUUGGAAAUUUAAUUAAUGAGUUGAUUCAAAUGGCAGCAAUACACGAGUCCUUGUGAAUUUUAUACUCAGGUAUAACGUAUUUAAUUAUUUGCUGGCUGGACAAAGUCGCCACAUGACACAGACAUGCUUUGAGAUCUCAAUAUAACGGUAUAUUUAUAUUAUAUUUUUCUUGCUGACCUCAUAUGUGAUACUAGGCAUCGAAAUGGAAUUUUGCAGUAGUCAUGGAUAUCAUGAGUCAUGUACUUAAGAUGUACCAACAAUGUUUUGCUGGUUCAAAGCGUCGUUUUAAUACAACAUUUAUUUCAUCAAAUUGAAGGUAAAUGCAAAGCUAUUAAAAUACAAAUUUGUUAAUAUUUUACUUUGUGACUGCGUUACUAUAUAUAGUUAUUUAAAAGACUUAUUGUUUAAUCGCUUAAAAAUAUGCUAUAAAAAGUUUUUAAUGAGUCUCUCUCUUAAAGAUUUGUGUACUUAAAUCGCUUACUGGUUUAACUCUGGUUAAGUUUGAAAGCGUAAUGACUUACAUAAAAAUAACUUUCUGUACUUAUUAUAAUCACAAUUGUGAUGUACGUCAUUAAUAAAUUAUUAUUUGUACAAUAAAAAUAUUGAAUGAA